AUGGCGCAGCGCUCAGGGAAGGUGAGUGUAUCACUCUAUGAGGGCAAGCACUUCACGGAGCGGAAGCUGGAGGUCUUCAGGGACUGUGACAACUUCCGGGACCGGGGCUUUAUGAAUCAAGUGAACUCCAUCCGCAUGGAGAGAGGAGCCUGGGUCUGCUUCGAUCACCCCGACUUCCAGGGCCAGCUGUUUAUCUUGGAGCAAGGCGACUACCCCGACUUCUUCCACUGGAACAGCCACAGUGACCACAUGGGCUCCUGCCAGCCUGUAGGAAUGGCUUGCCUGUGGCCCGCAGCCAGGCUGAAGAAGUCAGAACCCGGAGUGUGCCGGUGUGACCAGGGCAGGAGCCCCACAGGCUGAGCACCCAGAGGGAGCCCCGGGACCCCAGCCCUGGUCUGAGUGUGACCCGUGGCCUCUGGUCAGUUUGGCUCUGUUUGGACCUCAGAUUCUCCAGUUCUAAGAGGAACUUGGACCAGCUCAGUGGCUUGAAACAUUUUGAGAGUACUAGAACCUUCAUUCCAACCACAUCUCAAGUGGAAGAAGAAACAGAAGUGUGGCGUUGAAGUGUGUGGGGUGG